GGGAUACUGGAGGAGUGUGUUGUCAACGCGCUGUGACCUGGGAUAUCGGCGGACUCGAUGGGAAGAAGCGGUUGAUGUGGAAUCGGGCGCAUUCAGGUUAAAUUGGGUGUGGAAACCUGACAGCGAACGUGCAGGGGAGCAAUAUUUAUUUGGAGAUAAAACGUGGAGUAGGCCCUUUGAGCCACGCUGCCCCAGCAACCCUGUGAAUCAUAACCAAGUUCAAAUUGCCUUGUGAAAUUGAUGGGAAAUUUUAGUCACACUGGGCUUCGUGCAUUUUGAUUGGUACAAUCUCCGAGUGGAAUCAUUGAUAUAUUUUGAGCAUUUUCUAACUUUGCGUUUCUACCAGGCGUUCUGGUUUUCAACAUUAUAUUUUGGGCAGGUGGCAUGUGAGUGAACUCGUACACAAUGAUUUCUACAUACACGUCUGAAAACUCUGUCACACCCAGAGAAGUUAAACAGCGAAUAAAGAAAAAACUGGCUCACUCCCUGAAGUGCUUACAGAAGCGGUAUGUAAAUACAGACAGUGUCGUAACCAGUGAUGAUUGCGAUGCAAAUCUACUGUGCUGUGUCAUGGAAUCAAUAUUUGUUCAUGGAUUGAAAUCGAAGCACAUUAAAACAAAUGGAGGAAAGCAGGGGCAGAGAAGCAGUCGAGCUCCUCUUCCACAGCCUGUCUUUUGGACUCUGCUUAAAACGGUCACUCACCAUGAUGUUGUGACAGAACUGGAACAGUUGAACUUUAUUAAUACUGAUGUUGGACGGUGUCGGGCAUGGGUGAGACUUGCCCUUAAUGAUGGCUUGAUGGAGUGUUACUUAGUGUCCCUGCUCCGCGAGAAGGACAGCUUAAAUGACUUCUACCAUCCUGUGGCCUUGCUUCUGGAUUCAGAAGACAGCGAAGUUCUACUGAGCUAUCUGCAAGGUCUGUCAUCUCUUUCAUUUACUUUGUCUUAUAAAUCAGCUGUGCUAAAUGAAUGGACUGCCACUCCCCUUGCAUUGGCUGGCUUAUGCUCCAGCCCAGAACUGUCAGAAGUCAUAUCGCCAAGCUUUAAUGAAGGAAGAAGGAAAGGUUCUUGGGAUUCAGUGUCCCAGUCAUCUGGUUCUGAUAUAAUUGAAGUGACUCAUACCAGUUCCACAGCUAUGCACAGCAGCCACCAGUUGGGCAAACUGAAAUCUGCAUCCUCUACAUUAAGUUUGGAGACAACUGGAUCAUCCCAGCUUUCUUCCAGUCUGAGCUCUGACAGUCUCCUUCAGUCCAAUGGAAUGAAAAGUCCUGACCAAACUGCUGAGGAAUUGUGGUCAUGUGAUACAGACAAAGGCAUUGCAAGUGCUGAGAGCUCCAGCAAAUCUCUGCAUGUGACACCAGAUGAACUUGGAGAGGAUCAAACUCCAGUUUCCCUGAGUUGUAAUGUCUCAAUUACUAUAUCUCAGCAUGAAGUAUCCUCAUUGCCUCCAGCAUAUGAUAUUCCGUUGAAUACUCAGUCAGGUGAAUUGGUUGUUGACCAACAUGCAUGUGAUGAGGAAACAAAUAUACAGACUAUAGAAAACAAUUCAGAAACUGAAUGCCCUGCCUCCACCCAUGUUUUAGCUUUGCACCAUCCCGUGACUGCUGGUGGAUUGCAGCCUGAAAAUGACACUAAAACUGUCUCUCCUCUCAGUGUUGAGUUGCUAAACCCUGUAAGUUCUGAAAAAUUGUCUGAGAGUGCUUUGCAAUCUGUAGCGUGCCACGACCAGGAAGUAAAAGCUGACCAUAUUGAUACUGAAGCUGUGGAUCAAGUUUCUGUGGUGAGAAGAGCUGCUGAUGUAACAGGCCAAGAGGAUACAUUGAAUGUUACUAAAAAUCACUUGACUGAGCCAGGAGAUAAUAAUAAGCUAAGUAGCUGGAUAUCAGAUGAUGAUAUUUGCAAGCCUUCUCCACAAGAAGUGCUCCCACAAAGCACAGGGGAAAGUUCAGUGGAAUGUUCUGCCAACACAGCAUCAAGGAAUGAAAGUAGCACUUCAGUAAAUGAAAAUGGAUCAGCAGCUUCCAAUUUCUCACAGAAUAAAUGUGUUCAAGAGGAAACAUCCUUUAAAGUGACCCAUCGCCGAAAGACAGGUAUUUCAAACCCUUUUCGUGGACUCCUGAAGUUGGGUAAUUUAGAGAGGCGAGGUCAUGUUGGUAUUUGGAAAGAGUAUUACUGUGAGUUAUCACCUUUUGAGUUCCGUCUAUAUCAGAGUGGUGAUGACCGCAAUUGUUGUGAGAACUGCUCUUUACUAAGAUGUGAAUUAGUGGGGCAUGCCCACAGUGAUGGGAGAUUUCAUGUGGUUUUUGCUGGCAAGAAAUUAUACCUCCGUGCACCCUCUCGAGAUGAAGCUGAAGACUGGAUCGAUCGAAUUCGGGAAGCAUUAGAGCAAUGUCGACCCUUGCAAACUCCAAAACAAAGAUCAUUGGAUGUAGAGAGCUCAACAAAUGAGAAACCAGAUUCUGUUUCUGAGACACCUAUCUUUUACUCUGCUGAUCACUUAAAUCACAAUGAAAGUAGCCCCCAUCAAGAAUAUAAUUGGAUUUCUGAGGUUGAACCUCAAUUAGAUGCAAUUAAAGAAACGGUCCUAUACUUGUUAACAGGAAAAAGGUGGACUCGCUACAUUUUCACUUUGACAUUGGAAGCACUGAAAUAUUUUCAGCUCCAGGAACAGCAAAAAAUACUAUGCAAAAGCUAUAAAAUUGAGACCUUUAAAGAUGUUAUACCUGAUACUGCAUUGGGUGGCCCAGCAAAUUUUAAAAUACUUACAUCUGAAGUUACACUGAGACUUCAGGCUGAAAGUGCUGCAGAGGCAAGAUCAUGGCGUGAAAUGAUACGAGCAGUUCUGUCAUCUUACUUAGAAGCAGAAGAAGAUAACUUGGCAGAAAAUACAGCCUACGAAAAGAAUGAGAGAAGACUUGUGGAGCUGGGAUUGGGUGAACACAAGAGUCUUCUGCAAUAUUUAACUGUUGUACCCAUUGAAAAAGGGUUGGACUUGCAGAAAUUUCAAUGUGCAGCAUGCUCCCAAAAAAUAGGGUUUUCAUUUAGUAAAGCCAAGGUUUGUGCCUAUUCUGGCCUCUACUACUGUGAGAUGUGUCAUCAGGAUGUAGAAACUAUUAUCCCGUCCAGAGUGAUCCAUAACUGGGACCUGACAAAACAGAGGGUUUCCAAUGUGGCAGCGAAAUUCCUGCAGCAGAUCCAAAAUGAACCCUUUAUUGAUCUUGAUGCAGUAAAUGGAAGUCUCUAUCAGUAUGUUGAACGCAUGGCUCAGACUCGUAAGAGUAGAGAUCGUUUGAAGCUAUUGGAAGACUAUCUCUUCACGUGCCGAAGUGGUGCAAUCCAGGAUCUCUAUAAGAGGUUAGAACAGAAGAAAUAUCUCUUGGAGUCAACCCAUCUGUAUAGUGUCUCCGAUCUUCGACAGAUAGCACGUGGAAUGUUUGAAGCAUUUUUACAGCAGGCCAUCCAUUAUGCCACCAAUCAUGUCUAUAUGUGUGACCUCUGCACUCAGCGUGGCUUCAUUUGCCAGGUCUGCAAUAAUGACGAUAUCAUCUUCCCUUUUGAAUUUGAAUCAACUACAAGGUGCAAAAAGUGCAGGACUGUCUUCCAUAAGGCUUGCAAGGCUGCUGUCCAAUCGUGUCCACGCUGUGUGCGCAAACAGAAGUACCUGGAGUAUAAAAUGGAGCAUUAGCUGUUGGUCUGCAUCACGCAUCAUGCGCAUGGGAGUGAGGAUGCAAGCUGCCUACCAUGUGCAGCCCUUUCCCUGAAUUCCUGCAAUUUAUGGACAAUGUAAAUUCUGAGUUGAUGUGAAAUAAUUUUAUUAUAAUUGAUUCUACAGUCACAAACUCCUCGUUCACUUAAUUUUGAGAUACAGCAAAUACAAAAUGAAUGCAACGCUUUGCCUUGAUGUAGACUGCCUGCUGCUACAUUGCAAACUCACUCACCGGCGCUGUUAAACUAGUUCAUCUAGAUUUCCUGCUUUUUUUUAAUACAUAUAUAUAUAUUUAAAUCACUUUUAAAUGCAUACACCUUUGUUCAAACAUGUAAACUACUUGUGGGAAUAUAAAAUGUACAUUGCAUGUAUAGUAAUGUACUGUAUUCAUCUGCAAAAAUAACUGUAAAGAUUUACUAAACUUUGCUGUUUUAAACUACAUUUUGCAAACUAAUCCUUGUAAAUAGACAAAAUACUUAAAAUUUCAUCCUUACAGCAGACAAUCCAUUGCAUUUUAAUAUUCAUUCCAAAAGGGUGUAAGCACAUUCUUGUUUAAACUUGAUAAGGUUUCAUUUCUUUUUGCAGUUAAUUUCUAAGGAAUUUGAUACCUGAUGAUUAACAUAUCAUUCAGUAGCUGGAUUCUUUUUAACAUCAUCUUAUAAAAUUUUCAGUUAAUACAACUUAAAUCUAUUCAUGAAAUUGUUAUUUUCCAGUCUGAGUUUAGGCCAAUUUGGAUGAGAAAUUGCUAAGUGCUAAACUGUUAAAGUAACUAAGUAAAAUCAAGAACAUCCAAAAUAAAAGUUUAUAAAACCUAACACUUGUAUUUGUACAGUAUCUUGCUUUAGUUUGCAACAUAAUACAAAUCAUUCCUUCCCACUUACAGACAUUCCAUUGCUUGUAAACAUAAUUAAAGUCUGAGAUUUGCACAGGUUCAUCAAAAAUAAUUCUGAAAGCAAACUUUUGCAGAGCUGGAGUAUUUUAGGGCACAGAUGCAAGUGCAACUAAACUUUGAAUGCCUCAAUACUUCCCUAGCUUUAUUACAGUUCAUGUUACAAAGCAGUAUAGCAUUAGUUGCUGUUUGCAGUCUUCCAACUGUAGCAGGGUUUAACAGCCAUAUAAUAACUUUUGUACAUGUUUUUGUAUGUCAGUAUUUUUUUGCAUUAUAUACCUUAUGAUUUUCAUUAGAAUCAGACAUUGACUAAAUUUACUAAACACUGGCUCAAUAGUCUUUUCUAUUUUCUUAAGAACAGAAUAUUGUCGAAUUAUAUGAUUUUUUAAAAACGUGCCAAUAAAGUUUGAGAGCCUUAUUUAAAUUCAGAAAUGCUUGAGUGUCUGGUCAACAUAAGUGUUACUUUUUAGUUUUUGAUGAAUAGUAAAACAUGAUCAGAUUUCUGCUAUUUGGACUGCUUUAAUCACCUCAAAGUACUUGUGCAAAUGUGUAGUUUCAGCUCCCUUGGAUGAAAUUAAUAAAUGACAAAGGUUUGGUGGAUGGUCAGUCUUUCCUUUCUGCCUGAACCCUCUUUCUAUUUAUUGACUCUUUUGUGCUCUUUCUCUCAACGUUGUUCCCUCACCCUUCCUUUUCUUCCUCCCUCCCUUUCUUUCUACUCUGCUCUGUCACAUUUUCCUCUUCCUCUUUUGGCUUUUGUGGCAUGUAUUUUCUGCCAGUGCUUGUUCCCUUUUUCCAUUCUGUAAAUUAAAUGGAAAAACCCUUGCUCCUUGGUCCCCUGGCCCUCUUACUCCCUGUUGAAUUGAGCAGUUAGUCAUAUUUAUUUCCAAAGUUGAACUAGAUAAAUUUAAUUCAAUCUGUUUUGAAGUUAUUUAGAUUUUGUGGUUUAAUGUUAACCAUCUGAACUCCUGGUUAUGUUUAUGGGCAAGAAUAUACACAUUAUUUGGCAUAAUUUAUAAAAUUUAUUUAAAGCAUGUUAUGGAAAAAAUUGAGAAUUAUCUGCUUUGAUGCUCCUGUAACACACGGACAAUGGUACAUUGGUCUCUUGUACCUGUUUGAACAAAAGAUUAAAACUAUUCAGGAAAUGACAGCUUUCGCAAUCAAUGUUAGGAUGUGCAAAGGUCAGUAUUGUCUGGGAGGGGCCUGAUGUUUCUUUGCUUGUCCUUGCAGUGAAUUUUGAGGAUUUUGUGGUGAUAGCUUGGUAUUUUUACCAGUUGCUUUGAGAUCAUCACAACAUUCAAUGUCUGCUUACACCAAGAGCUAACUCCUCUUUCUAGCUGUUGAAGGGAGGAUCCAUUCCAGUGGGAUUCAUCUCUUGACAGAAUUUUUGGAGUUCAGCUUUGUCUUAACAAACACCUUGUUUCAUUGGAGGUCAGGCAAAAUAUAUUUGAUUGUUUUGUGAGAAGAGCUUAGCAUAUUUAAGACUGUUCUCUUUGGAAAAGAGGUUAAAAAUAAACUAAUAGAAUGUUAAGGGUGGUAAUACCAAGAAUAUAGAGGAAGUCUGUUCUUUCUUGUAAGUUUAAAAUUUAUCCAUAAAAUUGGAUAUACAUAUUUGAAGAUAAGGAACCUGCAUGGCCAAGCCAGGCACAAAAUGCAGGGAUGUAGAUUUUUAACUACUUAAAUGACAAAGCAGUAGUAAGAAGCUGCAGUCUCUGAUUUUUUUAUUACAAAAAAAUAUUUGGGGUGAGAAAGAUCAAAAAUGAUGAAUCUAAACUGAUAGAUUAUCAGAAAACUUUAAACGAGCAGUGACCUCAUAUAAAGACAUUUCUAAACUGAAUAAAUAUGGAGAAAAUGUGUUCUGAUGAGGGACUCUGAAACCUGGACCCAUAAAUACUGUAUAGUAACUAAAAUCCAAUAAUGAAUUCAAGAACAAUUUCUGUAGAAAAUGGUUUGGAAUGUGAAAUUUCUACCACAAGGAGCAGUUGAAAGGGGCAACUCUGAAAUCUUUGUUGUUAAUGGAUUUUCACUUCCAGGGCCAAAGGGGGCUUUGUAUUUUUUUUUUUUGCCAAGGUCAGCUUUCUAAACGCUAGUAGUUGUGAGCAUCUCAAGAUCAACAUGUUUAUGAAUAAGUUCAACUUCCAGCCAAUAUUUCCUGUUUAGAUUUUGGUUGUAAAUGGGAGCCAGUCUUCAGCUCUUAGCAUAAGCAGUAACCAGCUUGAAGUUAAAAGCACAGCUUUGCAAAUGAGCACUGUCUGUAUAUCAGACUUGCUGGCUCACAGCACCUGGGCUUAUUGCUGAAGAGGUGCAGUAUAAGACAAAUGUUAUUUAAUUUGGCUUACUUCAAACUAGACAACACUGGCAAAGUUGUUUAGUUCAAGGAAGCUUGCAGACUAUAGUGAUAUUAUCAUUCAGCAUAUUGAUAGCCGAUGUAUUAAUAGUUGGAAGAUUUGUGUACUCAGGGAGGCAUCGUUACAGCAUUAAUUGUGGAUACCUGGGAUCUCUGACCAGAAGCUUUUAGACUGUGUUAAAGGGAUCAAAGAACUUCAUGUGGCAAAGAAAUAGUAUAAAUUUAGAGAGCAGUUCAGGCAUUUUAGGAACGGUCCAGGAACAUCAAGAAGCAUGAUAGAAACCCUGGGCAAACUAGAAUCCACUCCUCGGUUUUCAAUUUCUGCAAUAGGUGACUGUAGAUGGUGGGUAUGUCUUUUUUAGCUUAUAGAAAUUGUAGCUGUGAUUUAGAAACUAUUUGACAUUUGGAAAUCUUUUAUAAGAUAGAAAUCUUCUGAGAUUUAAAUGUGUUUUAAGAAUUGUGUUUAGAUUUAAAUGUGUGUCACUGAAAAUAAAAGAACUAUUUAAACUACUUUGUUAAAUGAAAAUACCUUCUCAGUAGGGAGGAGGGACCCACUGCUUGAAUCGUAGGUGUUGACAGCUAAACUCGCCAUGAAGAAUAAAUCAGGAAGUGAACGAGUCUUUGAAUAUUGGUUAUUUACAGCAUAAUCUCCCUUUAGUGAGGGUACUCAUGACUUUUUAUAUCCAAUAGAGCUUAAAGUCUUCAUUUGAGUUUAGAUCUUCAUGGUCAACAAACCCAUUGCUAUCACAUUGUAAGAUGAGCUGGAUGAGUACAGAGGGGAAAGAUGUACAAUAGGUGAAAUUUAAUGGGGAGAGGCAUAUUUAGAGCAUAAAUACUGUGGCCAAUAUUGGACCAAAUAAUUUUAGUCUGUUAAUAUAUAUUCUUAAGAGCAAGGACAGAGGAAGUGUUGAUAUUCUACAGAAAUCUGAGGUACUUAGUAAAAAAAAAUUAAAAUUUGAAUAAAAUCAAAUUAUUUUGCAAUCAUGCUGUUAUUUUUUCAUAAAUUAUGUGGAUGACUAAUGACAAACAAUUCCACACAUUGCAAUGAUGCAUCACAUGAUGUUGGAUUAGUUUUGCUCAGUCACAUUUUGCAUCUCUCUUUUUUCCCAGAAGUUCUCAACAUUAAUUUUAAAUCCCAUUCAGGAAAAAAAUGUGUACAAUGCUGUGCCAAAGUCUUAGACAGAUAUAUAUACUGUGGCUAGGGUGCCUAAGACUUUUGCAUAUUACUGUAGUAAUUUUAUGUAUUGCACUGUAUUGCCACAAAAAUAAUUGAGAUGUGUGAGUGAUGAUAAAACUGAUUCUGAUAUGUGUAUCGUGGACUGAGGGUGGAAAGGUGGCAGGGAGUGCAGAAAGACAUUCCUGUAAAGAUCAAUAAACCUAUUGUUUGGAAUCAAACAACCUUGCCUGGUGUUGAACUUGGUGUGUCUGCAUGCACACCACCAGCCUGACCAUGGCACUCCUUCUCUGCUACCUGUCCCACAUACUGUCCACGCUCCACCCUUGCCAUUCCCAACAUCCUUUGCUCCCCCAUCAGAUUUACAAUCUCAUUCUCCGCUCCACAUUGACAAAUACAGUACUGUGCAGAAGUCUUGGGCAGUCUAGCUAUAUGUAUAUGUGCCUACGCCUUUACCUCAGUACUGUAUGACCAUACAAGGUUUAACUGUUCAGCCUGCUUCAGGAUCAAUGUCUAUUUUACCGGAAAACUGUUACUACUCUAUUAACAAAAAAUGUUUGCAGAUUUUCUUAGAAAAAAUGCUAAUGACUAGAAUGUCACAAUAUCAUAGUUGUUAAUUUGACUGAAGCUUGUGCUUUUCUGCAGAUAUUUCUGCCCUCACUUGCAGAAGUGUAGGACAGUUCACUUUUUUGACAUGCAAUAUUUAAUCAUGUCCAUUAAUUUCAGUGUACACAUUCCCUGACAAUUUAAUAAAAUUAACUUGCAAGCAAUUUAUUAAAAGUACAAAAAACAUGUAGUCUGCAUUCCAACUUUGACUCUUCAUUACUUUCUUUGCUUUUAGAAGUGAGUUAUUCAGACACACAAGUCACCCUUUUGGUGUCAAAUUGUGCCUGAGGAAAUUGUGGCACAACAUUGCCAAAGUCAAAACCACCAUAAUUGCUUCCUAUUAGAAACAUUUUCUGAACCCCCAUCUUCUUCCUCCUGGAUAUAUUGUGCUGUUAUGUUGAACACAUUUGUAUACCUCAACCAGCAGUCUCUCACCAGCAGUGUACCUUUACA